CGUGAGACCGAGGGAAAAGCGCUUCAUUAUGUCUUCUUUGAAAUAAUAAAUGAGAAAAGGCUUCUUUUUGCAAGAAUACCUGAAGAGCCUCCGACCAAAAGAAGGUCUUUAAGAUUAGCGUAGUGAUGGCAGCUUCUUUACCUCAGAAGCCAGGCAUGGCAGGGAUGCCCUCUCAGCAGCAGCAGCAACAGCCCCACCUGCCCCCCGGUGCUCCUGCAGCAGCAGGUCAGCAGCCCAUGCCUCCUCAGGGAGCCCUGAGAGAGAUCUCCCCUGUGUUCCUCUGUCGGAUCGGACAGGAGACCGUCCAGGACAUCGUUACUCGCACUAUGGAGAUCUUCCAGAUUACAAGAGCCACGCAGCUUCCUAAUGGUGUGACUCAGAGUCAGGCCAUGUACCAGGACCGCUUUGGGAAGCUCCAGGAACACUUACGGCAGCUCGCCCUGCUCUUCCGAAAGCUUCGGCUCCUAUACGAACGCUGUGUGGAGAUGACCUCUGACCUGCAGGAGGGGCCAACAGAGCUUCUGCCAUAUGUUGGGGAGGAGCUCUGUCAAGCCUCUGUCAAAGUGGAGCCCUCCAGUCCUGCUGUCAUCCAGGAGAGAAAAGAAGUUCUGGAGAAGGUACGUCAAAAGAACCAGGAGAUGAAGGUUCUGAUGGAUCAGAUGAGGAACCUGCUGUGGGACGUCAAUGCCAUGCUGACGCUCAGGAAGUGAUGAAUCUUCACGAGACCCAUUCUCUGUUUAAGAGAGGAAUUCCUUCAUAGGUGUAAAGACUGCGUCAUAGCAAAGACCAGGUGAAAGAAGGGAAUUUCUGUUGGAUUGUGGAUAUUGGACCUGAACCCUCAACUCUGUUACACCCACUUUGUAUGUUGGCACUUCAUCAUCACUGCAACUCACAAGAUCUUCUGUGGUUGAUUUAGUUUUUAUAUUGAGGUUGUUGAGGGGAAAACUAUUAAUGACAUAGGUUAAGAUUUAAAGCUAAAAAAGCUAAUACACUCCAACUUUGACAUUGUUGCAGAGUUGUUUUUUUAUAUAUAUACAAACAAGGCAGCUGACAACGCAUUUUGUGAUUGCCAAGUACUCUACAACUAAGAUCUUGUCACUCCAUGUUUAGUCGAAUACGUUAUGGACUGUUGUUUUCAAAAAGCUUAAAUAAUGAGUUGAAACCUGUAUAGCCUCAGGUGAGAACAAAACAAAGUUUUCUUAAAACACUUUGUUCAUGGUGUUUUGCCCCCAGGUGCUGACUCGACACCAGAAAGACUUUAUUUCACAGCAAGUAAUUCUUCCAGAAAGCACGGCAGCCAUAGUGACAACGAGUAUUUACAAUGGGAACAAUUGCCCGUGUUAUGCUCUGUCAGUUAUAAAAGCAUGAUGGGUGCAGAAUUCAAAUUAGCCCCUUGGCAGCUAUAUAUCUCAGGUGCUUUGUACAUUAGUGUGUGUGUGUGUGUGCAUGAGCUUAAUGAGAUUAGCCUCCCGCGUGCUCGACAUCACACCUGUUUACCCCGAGGGUGUUGGGACUUGCUUGUCUGUGAAUUUAUUUUUGUAAA